AUGGCUCCUCGAAUCAAGGAUGGAGAUGCCGUGGUGACCAUCAACGGCAAGUGGGUGUCAUGGACGCACACGGUCUUCGCGUACGCCGCCUUCUUCAGCGCCCUGAUUGUCGGUAUCGCGUUGCAUUAUCAUAAGAUUGUUCAGAAUGAACACUAUGGCUACCCCGACGAAUGGUUCCCCUCCGUCUCCGCCACCAUUGGCGAUCGCUACCCCGAGCGCUCUUUCUUCAUGGUCUUCAUUGCUAUCACCUCCGGUCCUCGCUUCCUUCUUGUUUUCCUGUGGUACGUCCUCAGUGCGCGUCCGAACUACACCCUGCCGAAGAUUGUUGCCGGUGUCGGUGUCUUCCGCACUUUGACCUGUGGAGGUUGGACCUAUGUCACCUCCACCGACAACCAUGACUGGCACGAUAUUUUCAUGAUCUCUUAUUUGGUGGCCACCCUGCCGUGGACUCUGGGUUGCCUGGCCUUGAGCCCCAACAACCGCCGUGCCGUCAAGUACCGCAAGAUUAUGGCCAGCCUUUUCUUUGGAACUUUGGUGCCAUUGAUCUACUAUUUCAUUCAGCACAAGGUGCACAAGGUGCCCGGUGCAUACACUCGCUACGCCUUCUUUGAGUGGUCCCUGGUCUUGUUCGAUGUGGGCUUCGAUGCCAUCACUGCUCUCGACUUUGAAGGCUUUGAAUUUGUGGUGCGAGAUGUCAAGGGAAUCAGCAGAGGGCAGUUGAAGACGACUGCGGAUUCAGUCCUCGAAAAAGAGAAGGGCAAGGCCGUGGGCAACACCUUCGGUGAAGGCUUCUUCUGGACUGAGAUCAUCGACGCUGCUGCCGAUGUCUACAAUGGAUUCGUCUUCUGGACCAUCGUCACCGGCCUUCCCGUUCUCGUGUGGUAUUUCCCCUUGUGGCACAUGGGUAUCUCCGGCUACGAGGUUGCCAUUGUCUGCUGCUGCUCGCCUCUGCUCUUCGCCAUCCCGUCCCUGCGAUACACCGCCACCAAGAACCUGUGCGUUCUGCACUUGCUCUCGCUGGUGGGUCUUCUCGCCUACAAGUUCCAGGAUCCCGCCAAUCGACUCUUCGUUACUGGAUUCGCUCUUGCGACUUCUUGUGCCGCAUGGACCGCCAGCUUCUUCGCCGAGCGCGCCAAUUCGCCCCGCCUUGAGACUCGCAUCAUGGCCUGGGGUAUUGGUUUGAUCAUGUCUGUGGUCGCCAAGUUCGCUUGCGCCACGAAUAACCCACUCUGGCCCGUUAUGCACGCCGAGAACGGCGGUUGGAACAAAAUCGGUUUGUUCAUUGCCAUUUUCGCUGUCCUGCGGUCUCAGCGUACCUCCAACACCAGCGGAGGAGACUUCCUCCCAUCCGGCGGCAAGAAGGGCUCCUCUAUUCUGGCUGGUAUUGGAUUUGGUGGACUUAUGUUCGCCAUCGUGUCUCUUUUGACCGACUCUAGCACCAUGAUCUCGUGGGUCUGGGAUGGAUAUCCGAUUCGUGGACCCAUCGCUGUGCCUCACGGUGCUGUGACCAUCCUCGCCAUGGGCGCGGGUCUGGUUUAUGGGGUGUUCUACCCCACCGUGGCCGGAAGCUGGACUGCCUAUGGCAUCGGCUCCGUUGGUGCGGCUCUCCUUACAUGCUUCCACCACUGGACCGGGUACUACGGUGCUCUUGCUCUGGCCUUCUAUAUUAUGGCCGUUUCGCCUGUCUUGAUCUCCUCUGGUGUUCGCCACUCUCCUGCCAUCACUUUUGGAGUUGGUUUCAUCUUCUAUGUCUUCAUGUUGCUCUUCCACGUCUGGGUUGUCGCCUAUGCGUUCGUUCCUGGCGGUCCCCUUGUCCGUGAGCACACUGAUUGGGUUAUGAUUACUACCAUGCUCUCUAUUGGAGCUGGUGUGUUCUCGGCCGCCACCUCCAACUCGUCCACUCGCUCCCGCAAGAAGCCCGUUAGCCCUAACAGCAAGAGACAGCGUUCGUACUACAUUUACGUUCUUGCUGCGUUGCAGUUGCUGUCCAUCUCAGUUGCCUAUCUGCGCUUCCCUACCAACGAUUACCAGCCCCACCACAAGGAGGACAAGGUUGUCACUGCUGGCAUCUGGACUGUGCACUUCGGUCUCGACAACGACAUGUGGGCUGCUGAGCGUCGUAUGCGCGAUGUUCUUGGUGAGCUCGAGCUCGAUGUCAUUGGUUUCCUUGAGUCGGAUAAUCAGCGUAUCAUUAUGGGUAACAAGGAUGUCACCCAAUACAUUGCCGAGGACCUUGGCUACUAUGUCGACUUCGGCCCCGGUCCCAACAAGCACACAUGGGGUUCGGCCUUGCUGUCCAAGUUCCCCAUCGUGAAUUCCACCCACCACCUUCUCCCCUCGCCCGUUGGCGAGUUGGCCCCGGCCAUCCAUGCCACUCUUGACAUGUAUGGCGAGAUGGUUGACAUCUUCGUCUUCCAUUCCGGCCAGGAAGAGGACCCCGAGGACCGUCGUCUUCAGUCCCAGUACCUGUCCAAGUUGAUGGGCUCUUCACCUCGCCCGUCCAUUCUUCUGAGUUACCUGGUCACCAAGCCGCUCGAGGGCAACUACAACACCUAUGUUAGCGAGGUGAGCGGCAUGAAGGAUAUCGAUUCCAGCGACUGGGACAGAUGGUGCGAGUAUAUUCUCUACAAGAACGUCCACCGCACCGGUUACGCCAGAAUCAGCCGUGACACCAUCACCGACACUGAGAUUCAGGUUGGCAAGUUCGUUAUCGGCGAACCCGAACCCGAGCAACAAGUUCGCAUCCCCGAGGAACUUGUCCCCGAAGGCCGUCGCUUCCCAGCCCUGUUCCGCGGCGAGGGUGUCCGCGGCCACCGCUACCACGUCUUCGACGAGCCCCGGUACUGGCAAUAA